UUGAGCUAGUUUGCCUUCUUUCAUGUAUACAGACAGACAUACGAAGGACUUAGUGUGGUGUUUUGCCUAGUUUCAUAAUUCUUAAUGAUGUUUAUUUACGUUUCUUUAAUUCCUGUUUUAUAAACAUUUGAUGGAAACAAUAAAACAGUUUGCGAAUAUUUUGAAUCAAUAUUUAUGAAAUAAGAAAUUAACAUUUACAGAAUAAUAAACGAAGAAAACUUUUUUAGACGCUGUUUAUGUGUUGAUUUUAAAAUGUAUAACACAACAUUGCAAAGUGGGUAUUUAGAAGGAAACGGAUUCCAGAACGGCUUGUACAGUUCACUGGGAUAUGACGGAAGUGGCAUUAAGCUUCAUCACGGCCAUUUUCAGGAAACGCAGGAAAAUUGUUACCAUGGUUACAAUAGCGCGAUUACUGGAAGUGUUCACUAUGCGUCACGGGAGCCGCCGUCAUACACGGAAUCAACCGUGUUUCACAAUGGCUACCUUACCGGAAGCGGAUCACCCUACUACAAGAUGAACGGUAGCGGCGAUUUUGGCGGUCUUCCAAGAGAAGGGAUGCUGCUUAAAACGGAUAUUGUGGACGCUCAGCUACAUGAUAGCGUAAUCGGACAGAGGUUCGAGUCCGAGACCUCGGACCUUAAUGACGUUCAAAGCGAUCAUCACCACCAUAGCCACCAGAACCACCAAGCGACAUCUCAUACAGGGGAGCAUAAUAUGAAAUUGGUGAGUGAUCAACUGUCUGAUUUUAAAAAUGACCUCUCGUUGCAAGAAUCGCUGUCACCAAACAAUUCAGCAGAAUGUUUGAACGCCAUUGAUAUUAAAAGCCAAGAGGAAUGUUGCAAGGCCGACGGCAGCGUCGAAACCGAGGGAACGACGCAAGAAGACGACAAGGCGCGCGGAAAUUCGGACGUGAAGCCGGCAUUGUCGUACAUUGCAUUGAUUGCCAAAGCAAUAUUAGAAUCCACUCAGAAAAGACUAAGCUUAGGUUCGAUCUAUAAUUGGAUUGAAAAAAAUUACCCAUAUUACAUCAACAAAGGCCAAGGGUGGAGAAACAGUGUUCGGCAUAAUUUGUCGCUUAAUGACUGUUUCAUUAAAGCAGGCCGCUGCGAGGACGGGAAGGGCAACUACUGGGCUAUCCAUCCGGCGAACAUUCAGGACUUCAUGCGGGGUGACUUCCGCCAGAGGCGUCGAUCCCGUCGCCGCGGUCGUAAGAAGGACUGCGACCUUGGCAUAUACCACAUGGCCAACGGAUAUAUCGGAACCACCCCGCCGUUGGGCCCCAGCGUCUCCUUCAACCCGGCCCCCGCUCUGAGCUCUAUUUAUUCACCGUACACAGAGGCCGAGCGCCGCGCUUAUCGACUAGACGACGCGUUGCUACGACAGAAUAUGAACAACCCGUUCAUGAAGUGGUACCAUGGUAACAACAACUACGGAAACCAGACAACCGGGUGUAGCGGCACCCCGUACAGCAAUCCCUCGCCUCAGUGGCCCCAGAGUGCCUACACGGACCAGUCAACUUACCAGUUAAACGCAGCUCUUUCGUCAAGAAACUACACAGCCCCUGCAUUGGUCUAAAAGGUAUCUCGCGAGACGCCAACUGACGCAAUCCAUGACGUCAUCAGUGACACAGGAUCAUCCUUGGAACAAGACGCUAGGAGUGUAUGUUCGGCACCGCAUAUAUAUGGAAUAAACAUUUGAACUGAAUUAGCUAACACCGAAGAUUAUUUAUUUAAAAAAAGUUUUUGUAUGACAUUUUUCAAGGUUUAGUUUUCAGCUCCAGUCAUUUGUUGCAUUCGUUUACUUGGCAUAAAUAAAUCGAUAAAUGAAUUCUAGGAAAAACGAAAACUUACAACAGUCGGUUGCAAAUAGCGGACUACUUAUUUUUGACCUGCAUUUUAUUUAUCAAAAUAACUUUUUUGAGUGUAACUCUAGUAGGAAUAUCAAUAUUUUCUGGCUUUUUCAAAAGCAAUAACAUUUUAUUAAUUUAGCGCUGAUAUAUUGUUGGAAAUAAGCUCAAACAUUGACAGCCAUUUUCCGCAAUGCAAAAACGUCUUCUGCAAUAAGGAAAAUGCUACAAUCGACAUUAUAAACAAUCAGGAAUAUUGCAAAUAAUAAUUGUUUGCGUCACCACAUAUAAUAUAUGUAUCAAUAGGUGAUAUAUAAAUCCACAGUAAUUUACAUAGAAACCGAUAAGAAUCCGCAUAAACAAUAAGUAAAACACUCUCUUGAUAAGUUUCAAUGCCUUAUGUAAUGAACGUUGUAUUACUCUGUAAUGUCAUAAUAAUUUUCCCGUUUAUUUGCAUAGACCGACAAGACCGCCACAAAUCAAAUCCGCGACUGGUACCAAUCCCUAUCAAUUGUGUCUUGUUGUGAAAAAACUGGGCAUAAUUCAUGUGCGUAAAGUGUCGUCCCAGAUUAGCCUGUGCGGACUUCACAAGCUAAUCUAGGACGACACUUUACGCACAUGAAUUAUGUCCAGUUUUCUCAGAACAAGACACACUUAUUCUUGAGAGUGAGCAUAACUUUGAAGACAAUUAUUUAUUGAACAUAUUAACAAUAAUCUAAUUAUAACCACAUUUUGUGAACUAAUACUUUCGAUCUAGUGAUAUACACUGCAUCCAAUUAAUUUAGUUUAUUGAAUGCAUAUUGAUAAUUGUUACAGAAAUAUUCAAUUAAACUUUGAUACUUUAGUACAACUAUUGCAUUGUCACCUAGAACGCUAGAGAAAAAUAUGCAAAUCGUGGUGAACGACUUAAUGCUUGAGUAUGUCAUUCACGAGUUCAUGGUUGAAGAGAAUUGUUUAAGACUUAUUGUAUGGUCUUUGUUUUUUUAAGCUGGGUUCACCGGUAGAGACAAUGAAAUAUUCAUUUUUAAAAUAAGGAACCGGAAAGAAAGUGUUAUUAAUGGACAUGUAUUUUGUUCCGUUUUUGUGGAAUCUGCGCUUUCUGCGAUUUGACAGUACUUGCUCUCGUGACUGUUGAUGAUGAGACGUAAAACACACGAGCCUCAAUUGGAGAAACUGGCUAAGAAGUAGUCCCAUAUUAGCUUGCGCAGUCCUCGUGGACGACACUUUCCGCCUAAACUUGAUUUUCGCUAAGAAGCGACCAUUAAAACAAAAAUACCUUAAAGCUGAAAGUGUCGUCCCUGAUUUACCUGUGCGGACUGCACACGUUAAUCUGGAACGACACUUUGCGCACAUGCACUAAGCACCGUUUUCCCACAGCGAGGCUCAUUAUAACGGUAUUGUUGUUUGAGAAAUGAAACCAACACGUUUCCGUUUAAACAUGAUGUCAGUAAUUAUUGGAAUGUCAUUUUUAUAACUAAACCUAUAUAUUUACGAAAUCGCAUUGGAUCUUCUCUAUAUUAUGUAAAUGUUCAUCAAGAAUACGUUCUUCGUUGUUUUUGUUUUGUUUAUAAUAAUUUAUUUUACUGUAUGUGAUAGUAACAAUGAAAUCUAUGCAUUAUUGUUAAAUAUGUAUAUAUAUUUGUAAAGUAAUUAAACGUGUUUUGUUUAAAUACAAUGUACAAGCAUGA